AACCUUCAAAAACCCUAGCCAAACCUUUUCUUACGCCUCUCUAGUUUUCCUCACCAUCCUUCUAAAACCCUAGCUACCAUACUUUUUCUUACGCCUCUCUCACAAUGUCGUUCAGACAAUACAAGUCACUCGUUCCGGGAAGUUAUGUAAGUCGACGGAAAUCUGAAAUGACGGACUUGAGGAAGAAAGAACGAGAAUCUACCUUGCAGAAGAAACGCCAGCAGGGGCACUCCAUUUUGGAGUAUAAUGAGAUCCAGAAGAAGUUGGAACAGCUACCUACAAUGAUUUCAGGGGUUUUGUCUAAUGAUCCCGAUCGGCAGCUUCAGAUGACUGCUAAAUUGAAGGAACUCUUGACAGAAGAAUUCUAUCCUCCAAUCGAACAAGUCAUCAAGUCUGGUGUUCUUCCAUAUUUUGUCAAGUUUCUUGGGAUGAAAGACCAUCCACAACUUCAGUUUGAGGCGGCUUGGUGCCUCACAAACAUUGCGGCGGGCACAUCCGAGCAUACAAAGGUGGUAAUUGCUCACGGGGCCAUCCCUGUUUUUAUUGAAUUACUAGAAUCUCCUAGAUAUGACAUCCGGGAGCAGGCCAUUUGGGCUUUAGGAAAUAUAGCUGCAGAUUUGCCUGGAACUCGCGACAAGAUCCUAAACCAAAAUGCAAUGGGUCCAUUAUUGGCGCAAUUUUAUGGACAGACUAAGCCUUCAAUGCUGAGAAGUGCUACAUGGACACUUGCUAAUCUUUGUGGGGGCAAACCCCAACCAGCAUUUGAUAAGACACAAGAGGCACUGCCAAUUCGUCUCAUUCAGUUGGCAGAUAUAGAGGUGUUGCAGGAAGCGUGUCGAGCUAUCGCUUACCUCUCCAACGGCACACAUGAUGACAUACAAACGGUUGUGGAUUCGGGAGUGAUCCCCAAGCUCGUCGAGCUUUUGGAUCACCCUUCUUCGCCGUCGGUGAUCUUUCUUGCUCUUCGUACCAUUGGAAAUAUUGCAACUGGAAAUGAGAAACAAAUGCAAGUGAUAUUAUAUUUCCAUGCUAAACAUAUUACUGUGGAGCAUAACCAAGUCUUUCUUGCGUUUAUCAUCGACCAACGCGUAUUACGUCAUCUUCUUCUUCUGUUGACAAAUGAGUCCGAGACCAACAUUAAGAGGGAAGCUUGUUGGACCAUCUCCAACAUCACUACCGGCAACAUGGAGCAGAUUCAGGCUGUAAUUAAUGCUGGCAUAAUUGAUCCUCUGGUCCGUCUGCUUCAAAAUGCACAGUUUGAUAUCAAGAAAGAGGCUGUUUGGGCAAUCUCAAAUGCUACUUUUGCUGCCAGUUGGUCACAAAUGAGAUACCUAGUGGAUGGAGGAUGUAUCAAGCCAUUGUGCGAUCUUCUAACUUGUUCUGACCCGAGGAUUGUGUCUGCCUGCUUGAAAGGGCUAGAAAACAUCUUGAAGGUUGGAGAAGAUGAGAAGAACAUGGGUCUUACUGGAGGGGUCAAUCACUAUGCUGAAAUGAUUGAAGAAGCUGAGGGGCUGGAUAAGAUAGAGUCUGUCCAAAAUCAUAACGAUGAGGAGAUUUACAAGGAGGUACUAAUGAUUCUUACCAAAUAUUGGGAUGCAGAUUGAAGUUCAGUUUAGUCUGUAACGUAAAACUGUGAAGGAGUAGAUAAUGGGUGGAUAGAGGACAUAUAACAUGAACAGCUUGAGCAUUCAUAUUAAUGUUUUUAUUUUUAUUUUUAUUUUUAUUUUUUUUUAAUGGAAAAGGAAUAUGGUUAUUCCAUGUUUACUAAAUACAUUUUCUUUAUGUUAAAUGUUAGGCUAUUGAGUAUUUUUAGAUCACACCAAAA